AUGCGUGCUUUCCUCAAGAAACUUGACCCAGAAAUUGAUUAUGUAGGACAGGAAUUUGCCAUGCGAUUGAUGUAUCUUAUUAUCCUUCUAGGAUACACCCUGUCUUUCCUUCUUGGCUUGGUAACUAAGGAUCUUACUUACACACUAGUUCUGGGAGUGGGCACAGUGGCCUUUGCUUUUAUUGCUACAGUGCCAUCCUGGCCAUACUUCAGGAGAAAUCCGCUCAUGUUCAAAAAGGCCAAGAAAACAGUUAAACUUGAAUAA